GGCCUACCUUCCCCAGGGCCGGCAUCAUGUCGGCGGCGCAGGUGUCCUCGUCCCGGAGACAAUCUUGCUACCUGUGCGACCUGCCCCGCAUGCCCUGGGCCAUGAUCUGGGACUUCUCGGAACCCGUAUGCCGCGGUUGCGUCAACUACGAGGGCGCCGAUCGCAUCGAGUUCGUGAUCGAGACAGCGCGCCAGCUGAAGCGGGCGCACGGCUGCUUCCAGGACGGCCGCUCCCCCGGGCCGCCGCCGCCCGUCGGGGUCAAGACAGUGGCCCUGUCGGCUAAGGAAGCGGCGGCGGCGGCAGCAGCAGCAGCGGCCGCCGCCGCCGCGCAACAGCAGCAGCAACAACAGCAACAGCAGCAGCAACAGCAGCAGCAGCAGCAACAACAGCUCAACCACGUUGAUGGUUCUAGCAAGCCUGCGGUGCUGGCGGCCCCGUCUGGCCUGGAGCGCUACGGCCUAAGCGCUGCCGCCGCCGCUGCCGCCGCCGCCGCCGCUGCGGUGGAACAGCGCAGCCGCUUCGAGUACCCGCCACCGCCGGUGAGCCUGGGAAGCAGCAGCCACACUGCGCGACUGCCCAACGGCCUGGGGGGCCCAAACGGCUUCCCCAAACCAACACCAGAGGAGGGACCCCCAGAGCUGAACCGCCAGAGCCCCAAUUCGUCUUCAGCGGCGGCGUCGGUGGCGUCUCGGCGUGGGACGCACGGUGGGCUGGUGACGGGGCUGCCCAACCCGGGGGGUGGCGGAGGCCCCCAGCUCACCGUGCCCCCCAACCUGCUGCCGCAGACGCUGCUUAACGGCCCAGCCAGCGCUGCGGUACUCCCCCCACCCCCUCCCCACGCCCUGGGCAGCCGUGGGCCCCCGACGCCUGCUCCCCCAGGGGCUCCUGGGGGCCCCGCUUGUCUCGGGGGUACCCCGGGUGUAUCGGCCACAUCGUCCUCCGCGUCGUCUUCGACCUCUUCGUCGGUGGCAGAGGUGGGCGUGGGUGCUGGUGGCAAGAGGCCCGGCUCCGUGUCGAGCACAGACCAGGAGCGCGAGUUGAAGGAGAAGCAGCGCAACGCCGAGGCCCUGGCCGAGCUGAGCGAAAGCCUGCGCAACCGCGCCGAGGAGUGGGCCAACAAGCCCAAGAUGGUCCGCGACACGCUGCUCACGCUGGCAGGCUGCACGCCCUACGAGGUUCGCUUCAAGAAGGACCACUCGCUGCUGGGCCGCGUUUUCGCCUUCGACGCCGUGUCCAAGCCCGGCAUGGACUACGAAUUGAAGCUGUUCAUUGAGUACCCCACGGGCUCGGGCAACGUGUACUCCAGUGCGUCUGGUGUGGCCAAGCAGAUGUAUCAGGACUGCAUGAAGGACUUCGGCCGGGGCCUGUCCUCGGGUUUCAAGUACCUGGAGUACGAAAAGAAGCAUGGCUCCGGGGACUGGCGCCUGCUUGGAGACCUGCUCCCUGAGGCCGUGCGCUUCUUCAAGGAGGGCGUGCCCGGCGCCGACAUGCUGCCCCAGCCCUACCUGGACGCCAGCUGUCCCAUGCUGCCCACUGCGCUGGUGAGUCUGAGCCGCGCCCCCAGCGCACCCCCGGGGACCGGGGCCCUGCCGCCUGCCGCGCCGUCGGGCCGGGGCGCAGCCGCCAGCCUGCGCAAGAGAAAGGCCUCUCCGGAGCCUCCUGACUCAGCCGAGGGCGCGCUGAAGCUGGGCGAGGAACAGCAGAGGCAGCAGUGGAUGGCGAACCAGAACGAGGCGCUGAAGCUUACCAUGUCCGCCGGGGGCUUCGCGGCGCCGGGGCACGCGGCAGGGGGUCCGCCUCCGCCGCCCCCACCUCUGGGACCCCAUUCCAACCGGACCACCCCACCUGAAUCAGCCCCCCAGAACGGUCCGUCCCCCAUGGCCGCCCUCAUGUCGGUGGCAGAUACUCUGGGCACAGCGCACUCGCCCAAGGAUGGCAGUUCCGUGCACUCUACCACUGCGUCCGCGCGGCGCAACAGCAGCAGCCCAGUCUCGCCGGCCUCCGUGCCGGGGCAGCGCCGCUUGGCAUCACGUAACGGGGACCUGAAUUUACAGGUGGCGCCCCCGCCGCCUAGCGCCCACCCGGGCAUGGACCAAGUGCACCCCCAAAACAUUCCGGAUUCCCCCAUGGCCAACAGCGGACCCCUCUGCUGCACCAUUUGCCACGAACGUUUGGAGGACACGCAUUUCGUUCAGUGCCCGUCCGUCCCCAGCCACAAAUUUUGCUUCCCUUGCUCUAGAGAGAGUAUCAAGGCCCAGGGGGCCACCGGCGAGGUGUAUUGCCCCAGCGGAGAGAAAUGCCCCCUAGUCGGGUCGAAUGUACCUUGGGCCUUCAUGCAGGGCGAAAUCGCGACUAUCUUAGCUGGGGAUGUUAAAGUGAAAAAGGAGAGAGACCCUUGAACCACUGGGCAGCCACCUCCUUUGCCCUAGACCAGCUCCUCUCCAAUCCUGAGGGCCCCUCCCCCAACCCAACUCGACCCUCCCUCCCCUCACCCCCAAGGUGUAGAAUUGUGAAUAUAACAAAACUGCAAAAAGUUAGUCUUAUGUAUAGACAUUAUUUUCGUCGUAUGUUUCUAUAUUUUGAAACAAAGGUAUGUAACUUCUUCAUUUGAAGGAUAAGCUGGUUUGUGUUAAGCAGUAUAAUAUUGGUUGGAUCAUUUGCAUCAUAUCGUUAGCAUUUAUUUGGUGGCAGAAUGUUUGCCUAGGCACAGAAUUAAUAGCCCUUAGCAACGACUGCUGCUGGUGUGUAUUUUUGUAAAUGUUAUGCACUCGCUGAAAGGAAAAACACACACAAAAGAAAAAGACUUUUUUUUUUUUUUUUUUUUUUGCCAAGGCCAGUGUUGCUGCCUAAAAAAAAAAAAAAAAAAAAAAAAAAAAAAAAAUGCUAUAAAAUGGUGAAAGCUUCCUUCUAAACUGCCCCAAGUGUUGAAGUCUUCACUUUAUUUUGUUCUGUUUUGUUUUGUUUUUCUGUUUUGUUUGCAAAAUGGUAAGGGGGUGUCGGGGGGGAUGGGUGUUUUUUGUUGCAAUUUUGUGAGGGGGAAAAUGUUUUGGUUUGUUUCUACUGACCUGAAUGUGUUGGAUCUACACGUGUUGUUUUGUUUUUGCUUUAUUGAUGCACGGAUGCUUUUGAACAGUAGAGCGAAAUGCUAGACAUGGAGAAUCUGCUCUGUUUGUCCUUUAUACAUUUCUGUAGUUAACAGAACACUGUAAUGUGCCUUGGAGCUUAGUAACUUGUAAUAAAUUCAAUUGAUAUUAA